AGAGGCUCUUAAGAUAGGGGCCUCUCAGGGACGGGGAGGAAGCCUGGCAGCCCACAUCCCUAUAAAUGGUGCUCUCCACUCUGACUUGGAGGCAGAGAUCUACCAAGACAGGAGCCUGUGUGUGGGAGAAGCAGCUGGAUCAGGAGCCAUGUUGCUGCGUUCUUUGGCCCUCACUCUGAUCUUGAUGGCGGUUUCUGGCGUCAUGAGCAAUGGGACAGAAGUUUGUGUUGCAAGCCCUGGUAUCCCCGGCACUCCUGGAUCCCAUGGCUUGCCAGGCAGAGAUGGGAGAGAUGGUGUCAAAGGAGACCCUGGACCUCCAGGUCCUAUGGGCCCCCCAGGAGGAAUGCCAGGUCUCCCUGGGCGUGAUGGGCUGACUGGAGCCCCUGGUGUCCCUGGAGAGCGUGGAGACAAGGGGGAGCCUGGUGAAAGGGGCCUACCAGGACUUCCAUCUUAUCUAGAUGAGGAACUCCAAACCAUACUCCAGGACUUCAGACAUCAAAUCUUGCAAUCAAUGGGAGUUCUCAGCUUGCAGGGGUCCAUUCUGGCAGUUGGAAAGAAGAUCUUCUCCACCAAUGGGCAGUCGGUCAACUUUGAUGCCAUUAGAGAGUCAUGUGCCAAAGCAGGUGGCAAUAUUGCUGUCCCAAGGAGUCCAGAGGAGAAUGAGGCCAUUGCAAGCAUUGUGAGGAAGUAUAAUACUUAUGCCUACCUGGGCCUGGCUGAGGGCAACACUCCAGGAGACUUCCAUUACCUGGAUGAGAGCCCUGUGAACUAUACCAACUGGUACCCAGGGGAGCCCAGGGGUCGGGGCAAAGAGAAGUGUGUGGAGAUGUACACGGAUGGAACAUGGAAUGAUAAGAACUGCCUUCAGUACCGUCUGACCAUCUGUGAGUUUUAAGCAGACACUUAGGCCACAGGGUAGAUAGGAUCCUGCCCUGCCUUUCAGCCUCCAUUCUGAGGCUCCAACAAAAUUUAUUUUAAAAUUUAAAUUUCAAUAAAACAUAUUUGUGAUUAUUAGA